AUGGGUCGCAAUGAGAGCCAUCUCAAUGACGAACCCGUCCACUGCACUGGGAUUGGUGACGCAAAGGAAAAGGCAGUCGAUGCUGCUGCCUUAGUACCCAUUUUCACCAGCUGCGGAGGUUGUGAUAGUAAUUAUGAUUCUCACUACAAGCUGGUUGGACACUGCACUGUCGAAGGCGGGUGCUGUCGCAAACAUCGUGGAUUCGAUCUUGCCGUGGAGGAAAAGAAGAAAUACAAAAUGAAGAUGCUUGGAAUAACACCCCAGGGCAGAUCCUUUAAUCCCUAUUGGAGUCGAAUCUAUCUGGCUGCUAUAUGGGGGCUCUGCAUCGGUCCUGAUGACAGCCCUUUUGACAUGAUUCGGCCAAGAAAAGAACAUGCUUGUUCAUCGAAGCCAACUCAUACGUUGUUAAAUGCUGACGAUGAGAGCGAUUCAGCGUUUACCGAGGACAUAGGGAAGAUUCUAUUGUGA